AGCGUCCACAGUCAGCAGAUAUCCGCACAGCUACUACUACUAGCGCCAGCUAUGUGCCAUGACGACAUUUACCCUGUGACGGAAAUAAUGCUAGCAGUGGUGCUUGAAGUUGAAGUCAUUGGUGCAGGUAAGAAACUACCAGUACAGUCGAGGUCUUCUUGUCUAGUCUGGGAUUGCUUACGAGAAGUAGCAUCGACUUGCCGAGCGACUCUCAAGACAACCCAGGCGGUGGCCUUUCUGUGAUUUUAGAGCCGUGGCAGAACUCAUUAGCAUCGAGCAAUCGACUACGGAUUCGUCACUAGGAAGAGGAGCGUCGCACCUUUUCCUGAUUUGAAGAUCCGUUCGUCCAUCUGCCUACUUCAACUUGGUGCAAGGCAAGCGAUUCGCGGUUUCAUUCAAGCGCCGUGUCCGCGACCUGGACUGGAACGAUUCGGCCACACACUGGCUAGUGAAGGUGAGGAUGCUGAGACAGACAGGGACCUGAGUGACACAGUGACUUUGGUGGCUCCUCACUGAUUACGCUGCUACGCGAGCCCUGCCGAGUCUUCCUAGAGCUGUUUGGUCAGCUCGUCGCUCUCCGAGGCCAGUGGACGUGUCCGAAGCAACGUUCACGGAUUCAGUCCCACCCGUGCCCCUACCCCGCUGGUCACAUACUCCAGCGUGUUGUACAAAAUAAUAUCAUCCAGUGCAUCCCACGGCCAUUGAAAAAUGAAUGACGACAGGCCGAAUAACGACAGGCCCCUGAGGAGGAUUGACGAAUCCACCCCACUUGUCAACCCAGCUGGUCCGCCCAAGGAUUGGUUCUGGGCAACCUACUGGAUUCUGUAUGUCUUCGGCAUCGUCUCUCUGCUGCCAUGGUACACAUUUCCUGUGGCCGAUCAGUACUUUCGCCUGCAGCUCUACUCUGAAAAAUACCUUGCUAAGCACAUCGUCAACUACAUCGCAAUUGCAUCCCAAGUGCCGGCAGCAUUAAUCCUAUUCCUCAACACUUACAUCAUUGAAAAGGUUUCAGAGAAGACUCGCAUCCUGGCCUCGCUGGCUGUCAUCUUCCUCAUGUUUGGCUUCAACGUUGUGUUGGCGUGGGUGGAUGUAGACGAUUGGCAGCUCACCUUCUUUAUCCUCACAAUCAUUAGCGUUGUCAUCAUCAACUCGGCGUCGUGCAUUUUCCAGGGUGGUGUCUUCGCGCUGGCCAGCAGAUUUCCGAUAGCGUACCGUCAGAGCGUGGUCAGUGGCCAGGGCUUCGGUGGUCUGCUCGCAGCCGGAUCUAAUGUUCUAUCGCUGUUGGGUGCAGGUGGCGUGGGCCAUUUGAACAAGACUGAUCUGCAGAGGAGCGCAAUUGCCUAUUUCCUAACUUCGGUGAUCAUGACUUCUAUCACGGCUGCCGGCUUUCUCACCCUGGAGAAGCUGGAGUUUGCAAACUACUUUCCCACACGAGUGUUACAGCGGCGACUGAGAAGGAAGUCGUGGAGGGCGUUCAUGUCGGAUAUGCGUCGUAUCCUGAAAAAGAUGGGAGCCAUGGCUCUGUCGACGUUCCUGGUGUUCUUGGUGAGUCUGAGUCUCUUUCCGGGAUUGGUUGCAAGAAUUCACUCAGUGCAGGAAGGCCCGUCCACGUGCAACUUGACUACGAACACCUCUACCGACGGCAAUAUGCCGUUCGAGGACGGCGAUGUCACAAGCUAUGAAAACGUGACGUUGGCUAGUGACAUCGACAAGGCAUGGGUCUGCUCCUACUUUCAGCCUAUCACCUGCUUUCUGCUCUUUCAAAUCAUGAACUUCAUUGGUCGCACUCUACCCGGCCGGGUGCGGUUCCCAAGCCAUCGGUUCCUACUGGUUCCGAUCAUGGCACGGCUCACAUUACCAGGUCUGUAUGUUUUCUGCAAAUACAGCGUCCACCAUCGACCGAUUUUCAACUCGGAUAUUGCUCCCAUUGUUCUCGUGAUAGUCCUAGGCUUUACCAACGGCUACUGCAAUUCGCUGGCUUUCAUGUACGCACCCACUCUGGUUGGUGAUGAUGAUAUGGAGACAGCCGGUGCCAUCAUGGCCGCGUCUGAAGGCAUUUCAUCUCUGCUCGGCGUUCUGUUCUGCCUGCUGCUGACGGACAUCUACACUGGCGCGGUGCAGGACCGCAUGCCCCUGAUCAUGAACUGAUGUCGCGCAGCUUAGAGAACACGGCUGAGCUCAGCGGCUUCUUGCUAUGCCACAAACUGCUUGACGGCUGGAUUUCGCACUUUUACUGUAAUUAAUUUAAAAUGAUCUUGAAAACAUCCCUGCCGAUUUAUUACGAGCAUAACACCGGUCACUUCGUGUUAUACAUUCCUGAGUACCACAGCCUUUUGAGCACUAUCAAUAGGAUAAUUGUAAUGUAAGCUAAAAAAAUGUGUCUGGACCAAACGCCUUCAUAUGCAUACUAAGGAAUAAUCAAGCAACUUCUCUUGUGGGCAAUACGAAAACAAUUUUUAUAAUGAUUAUUCUCCAUAGUAAAUCAGUAAUUUACCUGUCUGGUACAGGGCAUCUGUUGCAGAAUAGUACAUGUAGUGCGGAUUAAACCUGCUUAUCUUUUAUUGCUGGAGUACUGGCUAUGUUGCGUUUGCUUCAAUUUCCGGUCUGCAUCAUGUUACGGCUGACAUACAAAACUGUGUGCCUGGG